GCCAAAGCUAAUGGGUAAGGAUGGAAAUACCAGCACUUUCAACAUCUCCUACACUAACUUCUUCCUGGUGGGCUUCCCUGGAUUGCGAGACUGGAGGCCCCUCCUGGUCCUGCCUCUUACCUUCCUCUACAUGACCAUCAUCUCUGCCAAUGCCCUGGUCAUCCAUACGGUGGUGUCCCAGCGGAGCCUGCACCAGCCCAUGUACCUGCUCAUCGCCCUGCUCCUGGCUGUCAACAUCUGUGCUGCUACAGCAGUGGUGCCCAAAAUGCUGGAGGGCUUUGUGCAUUAUGCUAACCCCAUAUCCCUGCGUGGCUGCCUGGCCCAGAUGUUCUGUAUCUACUUUACCCUCCUCCUGGACUACAAUGUCCUGCUGGCCAUGGCCCUAGACCGCUACAUGGCCAUCUGCCACCCACUCCGCUAUAGUGACCUGAUGACCUCCCGCCUGCUGGGUGUGCUAGCCUUUUUGGCCCUGGCACGGAGCCUGGGAGUGGCAGUGCCCUUGGUGGUGCUAACUUCACAAGCUCAAUUCUGCCGGACAGCAGUUAUCUGACACUUUACCUGUGAGUAUAUCGCAUUGCUAAGCAUAGCUUGUGGAGACUUGACCUUCAACAACCGGUUGGGGCUGGCCAUGCGGUUGGUCACUGUGACCUUUGAUUUAGCCCUGCUGGGGACCUCCUACACCCACAUCAUCUAUGCAGCCUUCCGGAUAUCUUCUGGGGGAGCCCGAGCCAAGGCCUUGCACACCUGUGGCUCCCACUUACUGGUCAUCCUCACCAUCUACCUCUCUGGUCUCUCCACUUCCAUCGUUUUCCGAGUAGCCAAGACUGUGUCUCAGGAUGUCCAGAACCUGCUCAGUGCCAUCUACUUGCUGCUCCCAGGAGCCUUGAAUCCUGUCAUUUACGGGGUGAGGACCAGAGAGAUCCGGCAACAUGUAGAAAAGAUGCUCUGUGGAAAGGAAUUAGCCCAGGAUAUUAGGGAGAAGCCAAAGAGACUGCAGAAUAUGAGGGUGAAGGGGAAAUUGCCCGGGUGAGAGAAUUUCAUCAACUUAGGAAACUGGAGCUGUGACCUCUGGGAAUUAAGAGAUAAGAGGGAGUACUGAGGGAAUUUCCUGAGAUUAUGGGCCUAACAGCAGGUACACUGGUGGUAAACUAUUGCUUUUUCAAUUCUUAUAAUGCUUCGUUUUCACUCCAAUAACAAAAUUGCUUUUCACUAUUCAUCCUUGUUAGUUUAGUGCCUGUCCUCUUCUCCCUGA